UUAAAUUGAAUAAAGGUGGGUAGAUGAUGUAUUUGGAGAAGGACAGAUCAUUUGACUUUCCGAUUUGGCCGCGAACCCCUUCAUUAUUCCCCCAAUCCUCACCCCCCAAAAUUGUUGAGAUUAAUUCCAACAAAAUUCUCUCAAAAAUAUUUUGAUAGCAGCAGCAGCAGCAAAAACACGAAAACGAAGAGAUGGUGGAGGAUCGAUGGAUGAGUUAAAGGAGAGGAGAGGGAUACAGGAAAAAUCGUUGGAGAUGGGGAUUCCCUUCGCCGCCAAACUCCGUUUCCGAUCUAGGUUUCGAUCUUCAAUCGAUUCUUACUGCUUCGCUUGUGAGGCCUUCUCCGAUUGCUUCUUCUUUUUAUAGCACCCUUUCUUCUUCCUCCUUUUUUCUUUCUUUUAAAAAAAUUCUCCGUUCAAAUCAGUCUCUCUUAUAAACAAAACUCUCGUUUCCUCUUCCUCUUCCUUCUUCUUCUUCUUCUGUUAUAUAAAAAUGGCUUUUGGUUCUGGAAAUUCGGGUAUGGAAGAAGAAGCUGACUUCGCUGACAAAGAUCCUACUGGCCGCUACAUUAGGUAUCAUGAUAUCCUAGGGAGAGGAGCUUUCAAGACUGUGUAUAAGGCGUUUGAUGAAGUAGAUGGAAUAGAAGUAGCUUGGAACCUAGUGAGCAUUGAAGAUGUCAUGCAGAUGCCUGGUCAGCUUGAAAGGCUCUAUUCCGAGGUUCAUCUCCUUAAAUCCCUUAAACAUGAUAACAUCAUCAAGCUCUUCAACUCUUGGGUCGACGAGAAGACCAAGACUAUUAACAUGAUCACCGAGCUUUUCACCUCUGGUAGUCUCAGGCUAUAUCGUAAGAAGCAUAGGAAGGUUGACCCCAAGGCUAUCAAGAACUGGGCAAGGCAGAUUCUUAAAGGCUUGAACUAUUUGCAUUCUCAGAACCCUCCUGUUAUUCACCGGGAUCUCAAGUGUGACAAUAUUUUCGUCAAUGGGAAUACUGGAGAGAUCAAAAUUGGUGAUCUCGGCCUUGCUACUGUUCUUCAGCAACCCACUGCUCGAAGCGUCAUAGGUACUCCUGAGUUUAUGGCACCUGAGCUUUAUGAAGAGGAAUACAAUGAGCUUGUGGACAUCUACUCUUUUGGCAUGUGUAUGUUGGAGAUGGUUACCUGUGAAUAUCCAUACAACGAGUGCAAAAAUCAAGCUCAGAUUUACAAGAAGGUCACCUCGGGUAUAAAGCCUCAAUCUCUCAGCAGAGUUGAUGAUCCUCAAGUUAAGCAAUUUAUAGAUAAAUGUCUUCUUCCUGCUGCUUCUAGACCAAAUGCUCUCGAGCUCUCGAUGGACCCGUUCCUCGCCAGAGAUGGAAGCAAGGACUCUGCUCUUCUUGCUUCAUCAAGCAAUCCUGUCAGACCACCACCACCGCAGCUUGACCAUCUUCCCAUGGAUGUGGAUCAUCAUAACGAGAAUAAGAGCGUCUCCAUCUGCUCCUCUCGGAAAAGCAACAACGAAGAAUACCCCUGGUCCCAAACCAUUGAACUUCAGAGGUUUGCAGAGAAUAAAGAGUUCAGGUUGAGAGGAGAAAGGAGCGAUGAUGUCACAGCAUCAAUGCUUCUGCGUAUUGGUGAUUCAUCUGGCAAAGGAAGAAUCGUACACUUUGCAUUCUAUCUGAAUUCAGACACAGCAACAGCAAUCGCUGAGGAAAUGGUUGAGGAGCUGCAUCUAACAAGCCAAGAGGUUAUAGUGAUAGCUGAUAUGAUCGAUGACUUGAUAAUGCAACUUCACUCUGAGCCGACAUCAUCGAAUCCAAACCAAACCUCUCCACAUACAGCUGCCCGUGAGGACCAUGAAGCAGCAAAUCAGCUAACUGUGAACUCGAAAGACGAAGAAUCAAUGAAGUCAGGAAUUUCAACGGACUAUUACUUACCCUUCUCCUCAAACGGUAGUGCUGCCAUGGAAGCUGGCCAGGAGGCAGAGUCGAUGAGCUCGUUUCUUGAUUCUUGCUCAAUGAUGUCAACUCUUUACAUUUCAGACAACGAGUACCCAGAAGAUCUCAAGACAGAACUGAACAUGAUUGAGUCACAGUUCAACCAGUCCGUCCAAGAUCUGAUGAAACUGAAGGAAGAUGCUAUAGAGAACGCAAAGAGAAAAUGGAUUGUGAAAAAGCAAAAAGGUGUUUGAUCAUCUCCUGAUUUUGGUACUUAUUCUUGGGUCUUCUCUCUCUCUGCCAUGAUUGGUGUAAUUCAAUUUGGUGUUUGGAUAUUUGAUUUGAUGUAUUUUGUACUUAGCAAACAUGAAAUAGUGUUAUUCGACUUAUAUUAUUUUUAACAAUUAAACACUCUUAAGAAGAAGAAGAUCGACAUGUUU